GCCCACAGCUGUCAGCUGAUUGGGCCACUACAGUUUAGCUAAACGUGUUCCUCUCGGCACGCUAACUCUUUGAAGGUGCAUAAAAGCCCACCGAACUCGAAUGAGACGUUUUGUCUUUUGUGCAUUGACGGUAAUAUCACAAGCACUCUGAUGGAGGACGAGCAGCUGCUCCUCGAGUCGGCAAAAGACGGCAGUUCCUCUCGCGUUCGGCGGCUUCUUAAGUCGCGAGUCGACCAGAUCUCUUCUCUCAACAUCAACUGUCGAUCAAAGUCACAAGGCAGCUCUGGAUGGACGCCACUCCACCUAGCGUGUUACCAUGGAAACGGGGACGUCGUAGAUGAGCUGCUAAAAGCAGGUGCUGAUGUGAAUAUCCAGGACGACUUGGGCGACACGCCUCUCCACAAAGCAGCCAGCACUGGAAGAAAGGAGAUUGUUCUGUCGCUGCUACGUUAUGAUGCGUCGGCCAGUGUCAUCAAUGGAACAGCGCAGAUCCCUCAAGACGUCACAGAGGAUGAUGAAAUCACAACCAUGCUCGAGGCCGCCGAGAGAAGAGAGGCCAGGCGGCGCGAGGAGAGACUGCUGGAUGCCGCCAGAGAGGGGGAUGUCUCCGCUAUGUCAAAGAUACUCGGUGGCAAAGAAGCCGUGGAUGUGCACUGCAAGGAUUCGGUGGGCAAUACGCCUUUACACUGUGCUGCCUACAGAGGGCACAAGCAGUGCAUUAUCAAACUGCUCAAAAACGGUGCCAGCCAGACUGUCAAAAACAACCAAGAGCAGACAGCGUUGGACCUGGUCCGCACUCAUGAGCUCAAACAAAUUCUACUUGACUUUCGGGACAAGGAAGUGAGCAGCAGAGUGCAGAAGAUUGAAGGCCCCCUUUGGAAGAGUUCACGCUUUAUCGGGUGGCGUCUCCACUGGGUGGUAAUUGAGGACGGAACAGUUUCCUGGUACUCCAGACAGGCUGAAUCGGGAGCUGGCAUGAACAAACAGGGCUCUAGAUCUUUAGCACAAGCUUACUGCAUGGUCAAACCAUGGGAUCACUGCUUCUUCAUGCUGAAGUGCGCUGACAACUCUGCGUUAUGUUUUAAAGUGCCCUCAAAGACGGACUCUGUGGCAUCACGAAAAAGGUGGUUGGAUGCCUUUGAGGCGCACUCCUCUUACAGCACUCAACACGGCAGCCGCCACCAGAAGAACGUGGACGACGCGGACGGUGAGAGCAGCGUCGCGGCGAGCAACGUAACGCAAGCUCUGCAGGCCGCCAGUGCGUGCCAGCAGAAACUGGAGAGUGAGGUGUCCAUUUUUCUUUCAAUGGUGAAGAAUGAGGAAAACUGUGCACAGGCUGCACCUCUUAUCCUGAAAGCCAAAGAGACCAGUGAGCUCUCCAGUGAAACCUGUGCUGCUCUUCAGCUGUGUCUUCAGCUGUUGUCCAAACAAGAGGAGGUGUGGAGCCUGAAGUUAGAGCAGGAGCAAGAGAGGAGCAGAGCUCUGACCGAGGCGCUGCAGACGAUCGCCACAGAGCACCACGAGCUCAAGCAGUCGCUGAGCAAGAGCAGGAGGUCGCCCACCCUCUGCACCCUCGCCGAAGAUGAUUUCUACGAUGCCGUGUCAGAGUCCGAGUCGGAGCUGUCGGUGAGCGGCUUUCUCUCGGUGGCCAGCUACUCCUGUGAAGAGGACGAGGGGAGAGACGACCCCCUUCUCAGCAGCCGCCGCCAUCCCAGCCCGCUCGGGGGGGCCGCCGGAAUGUCAGGGGAGGGUGACCAUGGUAACCGGAAUAAUGACGCCAAGAAGCACAGAACAUCUCUACCGGCUCCAAUGUUCUCCCGAAAUGAUGUUAGCAUCUGGAGCAUAUUGAAAAAAUGCAUCGGAAUGGAGCUGUCCAAGAUUGCCAUGCCGGUAAUAUUAAACGAGCCUCUGAGCUUCCUGCAGCGGAUUACCGAAUAUAUGGAGCACACCUACCUCAUCCACCGGGCCAACGCCACUGCCGACUCUGUCGAACGGAUGAAGUGCAUCGCAGCGUUUGCGGUGUCCGCUGUGGCAUCACAGUGGGAGAGGACUGGCAAGCCCUUCAACCCGCUACUGGGCGAGACCUAUGAGCUCAUCAGAGAUGAUUUGGGCUUCAGGUGGGUUUCCGAGCAGGUGAGCCAUCAUCCUCCCGUCAGUGCCUUUCACGCCGAGGGCCUCAAGGAGGAUUUCGUCUUCCAUGGCUCAAUCUACCCCAAAAUCAAGUUUUGGGGCAAGAGCAUCGAAGCAGAGCCCAAAGGAGUCAUCACACUGGAACUUCCCAAAUUUAAUGAAGCCUACACCUGGACAAACCCCACCUGCUGCGUCCAUAACAUCAUCGUCGGUCAGCUUUGGAUCGAGCAGUACGGCAGCGUGGAGGUCGUCAAUCACAAGACCGGCGAGCGCUGCUGCAUGACUUUCAAACCUUGCGGCCUCUUUGGGAAGGAGCUCCACAAAGUGGAGGGAUACAUUCUCGAUAAAAGCAAGAGGAAGCUCUGUGCCAUCUACGGCAAAUGGACCGAGUGCUUAUACACGGUGGACCCAGCAACCUUCGACGCCAACAAAAACUCUGACAAAAGGAGUUCAGAAGAGAAAAAGGCUUGCAAAAGGAACAGCGUAGAUGAAGAGCCCGAGGAGAUGCCGCCGCCUGACGCCGAGACAGUGCAGGUGAUCCCGGGAAGCGAGCUUAUCUGGAAGAUAACGCCUCGUCCCAAUGACUCGGCCAAGUUUUACGCCUUCUCCACAUUCGCCAUGCAGCUGAAUGAGUUGGACCAGAAGAUGGAGGGACUUCUGCCCUCCACGGACAGUCGUCUUCGACCUGACAUCCGCGCUAUGGAGAACGGAGACAUCGAUUUAGCGAGUGCAGAGAAGAAGCGACUGGAGGAAAAACAGAGGACAGCCCGGAAGAAUCGCGGCAAAUCCACAGACGACUGGAAAACCAGGUGGUUUCAACAAGGAGCCAACCCGCACAACAAAGCGCAAGGCUGGCUGUACACGAAAGGUUACUGGGACAGAAAGUUCACGCAGCUCCCCGACAUCUACUAGGACCAGGAAACGCGAAGGUUCCCUUGGGACUUCCUUGAAAUGUACAUGUUGAUUUUGUUGUGGCGCUGCCGGUAGAUGAUCACCAAGUUGAAUAGAUUCUUAAAUUCAGGCACGUUAGGUCCAGUGUGAACAAUAGAGCACAAAAAAAUAAAUAAAAAUGCAUUUUGAUGUAAUUAAGAGACUUAUGCAAUUCGUUAGUUUCCGGGUGUCUUAAUAAAAGGACUCUGACAUUCGUUGGUCAAAAUAUGCUCGGUUAAAGAAUGACAAUAAAUGGUUGGGGGGUGGCACUUCUGUCUCACGCAAAUACAGGCGAAGGCUUUUGUGAAAAGUGAUGAUUGUGGGUGGAGCUAGGGUGUUGCAAUAAAGCAAGCAGCUGAUCAGUGUUGCUCACUAAGCGUUUUCUAACGUGUUGGAAAAUCAGUGAUUGGAGAAUCCCACUUGUGAUGUCACAAUCUCACACUUGAUGGGUGGGUGGGUCAGGGCAGUUCGGAGACUCAGUCAAUUUUCCGAAUGAGGGUUUCAUUCAAUGUCCUUUGAUUUAUGGAAAACCAACUAAUUCGCUGUGUGGUUGGACUGCUGAGUUUUAUUGUGUGUAGAUUUUGAGUUUUCAAAUAUACUCUAGGCCAGGGGUGCUCAACCGUUUUCGACCGAAGAUUUGCUUUGCAUGCAACCAACCGUCCUGCGAUUGACCCGUUACCGCACAUGAACA